CCCGUUAAUUAUCGAGAGGACAAACACGAGGGACUCCGUUGAACCCAGUUGGAAUAACAGACAUACAAACACAAUCAGCAGCAGCUAUUUAAAUAAGCAGCAAGCUUCAAAUAACAGGCCGAAUUAGAGAGAAGACCACAACGAUUCACGGGUCUUAAACUUUGGUGUAUUUAGUGUUUUAAUUUCGCCGAUUAACUAUGAAACAUUACGUUUCACCAAUUUGUAAAGGGGAUUCUCCAUAGACAGAUUCGCCGACAUGCUCUGUCCGUACAACAGCGGCACGGUUUGAGUGUCCAGCUAACAUUAACUUAAAUACUUUACAGGAUAGCGACAUUUCUUUAGUUUAAGUUAUAACUGUUAAUGAAGGAAAGCUGUAACUACAAAUGUGAGGGACAGAGUUUAUCUUUAACCUUUAAGUUAAUUUACUACGAAGCGGACACACCUGUUAAUUACCUCAGUCUCAGUCUGACAUGCAGCUGGAUGAAGCUGCUCUUAUUUUUAUGGAGUCGCCUGACUUCCUGUUAUGUCUGGCUGUCUGGUUAGCAUGACACAGACCCUCCCCCGCCCCCCCAUCCGUGCUGACUCUCAUGAGUCUGCAGACAGACUCCAGUCUGGACCAGGCGGAGGACACACAGACCGACAGACAGAGACACACAGACAGCCGGUCUAACCGACGCAGCCAGCGGAUCACAGCCGAGCGGAGAGAGCCGAGUCCCGGUGAUCAUGUCGGUGCUCGGCCCCGCCCCCAGCAGUGCCGACGCCUGCCUCAGCAUUGUCCACAGCCUGAUGUGCCACCGGCAGGGAGCCGAGAACGAGGGCUUCGCCAAGCGGGCGAUCGAGAGUCUGGUGAAGAAGCUGAAGGAGAAAAAGGACGAGCUGGACUCGCUCAUCACCGCCGUCACCACUAACGGCGUCCAUCCCAGCAAGUGUGUCACCAUCCAGAGGACGCUGGACGGACGGCUGCAGAAAGAGACAGACAGAUGUGAGGUCAGACAUGAUGUCAUGGUCGUGGUUUGGCGUGACGGGUUAACUCUGCAUCACCUGGUUGCGGGUAGGAAAGGUUUCCCUCAUGUGAUCUACGCCCGUCUGUGGCGUUGGCCCGACCUCCAUAAGAACGAGCUGAAACAUGUCAAGUUCUGUCAGUUUGCGUUCGACCUGAAGUACGACAGCGUGUGUGUGAACCCCUACCACUACGAGAGGGUGGCGUCCCCCGCAGCAGGUCCUCAGUCUCUGAUAAAGGAGGAGUACAUGCAAGACUGUCUGCAGAUUGACCUGCCCCCCCACACUGACCCCUACAGCCAGCCCCGCCCUGUCAGCAUGUAUCCAAGCAUGCCUCUCUCUCCUCCAGGCAGCAGCUCCAUGACGACUGCAGCUCUGUCAGCUGGUGGCUGCGGGAGAAACGGUGGAGGUGUCGGGGGUGUCGGGGGUAUCAACAGCGAGGGCCCCGGCCUCCUUCAGAUCGCCCAACCUCAGAACCACGGGGGCCACGCCUCCCCACCUCACCAAAACCCCCCUCACACCCCCCAGCCUCCUCACCCUCACACCCCCACCUCCCCACACCAGCCCGACUACAGCAGCCCCCCCAAAACUGCCACCUGGCCAGGUAAUAGCCCUGCCUCCUACAGCCCUGCAGGACAGAGUGGGCGGAGCCACCAGCAGCCUCCAUUACAUCAUAAUCAUCACCACGCCCCCAACACACACUUCUGGUCACAGCAUCACAGUACUGCUCCGUAUCCACAACCAGUGUCCAACCACCCAGGUCCGGAGUUCUGGUGCUCCAUCUCGUACUUUGAGUUGGAUGUUCAGGUCGGGGAGAUGUUUAAGGUCCAAUCCAGCUGUCCUCUGGUGACGGUGGACGGUUAUGUGGAUCCUUCAGGAGGAGACCGUUUCUGUUUGGGACAGCUGAGUAACGUCCACCGCACCGCCGCCAGCCACCGAGCCAGACUCCACAUCGGUCGGGGGGUCCAGCUGGAGUGUCGGGGGGAGGGGGACAUCUGGAUGCGUUGCCUAAGCGACCACUCGGUGUUCGUCCAGAGUUUGUACCUGGACCGUGAGGCAGGCCGAGCGCCGGGAGACGGAGUUCAUAAGAUCUACCCCGGAGCUUACAUCAAGGUGUUUGACCUGAGGCAGUGUCACAGACAGAUGCAGCAGCAAGCGGCAGCAGCUCAGGCAGCAGUGGCAACUCAGGCAGCGGCGGUUGUCGGUGCAAUUCCCGGACCGAACAGUGUGGGGGGGAUCGCCCCUGCAGUCAGUGUGUGUUCGACGGCAGGUCUGGGCGUGGACGACCUGCGCAGGUUGUGCAUUGUGCGUCUGAGCUUCGUUAAAGGUUGGGGGUGCGACUACCCGCGUCAGAGCAUCAAGGACACCCCCUGCUGGAUGGAAGUCCACCUGCACCGAGCGCUGCAGCUGCUUGACCAGGUGCUGCACACGCUGCCACCGCGAGAACACACACUCUGACACACUGCAGCAGGUGUGUGUGUGUAUGUUUAAUCUGUAGGCUGCAGGUGGGCGAGGUUUAGCACACAGGACAGCCAAUCACAGCACAGGAUUCAUCCCCAGUUGAGAGACGAAGCUGUUUGGAAGACAGAUGACGUACCUGACGCCACCUACCUGUCAGGAGUCAUAAACUCCGCCCACACGCCGCAGCUCAUUGUUCGGUUCAGAAAAGCUUCAGACAAUCAGCCAACCACAGCAUCACAUCCCUCCUGUCAGUCAAACGAGUUUCCAUGGAUACCAGCAUCCAGUGUUGCACAUUAAAGGGUCAGUUCACAGUUUCCUGUUUUUUAAAGAUCAAUCAAUCAAAGAUCAAAGUUGUUCAAUUCCCCCCCCCCACAGACCCCCCCAGCACCUGCAGUUUAGAGUUUGGCUUCUUUUAUGAAAAAUUGUGAAUGUACAUAUAUAAAUUAUGUUUCAACAAAAGUUAUCACAUGACCUAUCUGAUGAUGUUGUAUUUUUAUAAAAAGUUUUACUGCAUUUUCUUAAAUUGAUGUUAAAGUCAAAUUAUUGUUUUUGCCAAAUGACAUUAAGAGGAGAAACCAGCUCCACCAAUCAGAGAGUCAGGCAGUCUGACGGGUGAAGCCCGGGGCUGAGAACCAUAGACAUAUAUACAUAGACAUACAGUAUAUACAUAUAUCUACAUAUAUCUAUGUAUAUAUGUCUAUGUAUAUACUGUAUGUCUAUGUCUGUCGCUGCCUAACGUGUUUAGCGCCGCCCAAGAUGAUUGUGAUUGGUUUAAAGAUAGCAGAAUGAUGAUGUGACGAUUCUUUAGUGCUGACUUCUGGCUAUGUGAGAAGACGUUUUUACACUUGUAGCAUUAAAAUGUUUUUGUAGUUUGGGUGAACUGACCCUUUAACUGGAAAACGUAAGAAAAAACAAACUACCUGCCAAAAACCAGCUUAUGACUUCCUGUUUGGUUCAGUCCUUUAUUGGUUAUUUAUAUUUAUUGAUUAUCUACCAAAGAUUCAUUCCCUGCUCUUGAUGACAUCACUUCCUCUUUACUCAGCUUAUUUAUUCAGUCAUCAUUUUUUUUUUAAAAUCACAUUUUAUAUUUUAAAGGCUUUUAUACUGAAAGGGUCUAUAACUGUAACAUCUGCUGUUUAUUCAAAAUAAAACUUUUCUGAUAAAAAAAA